AUGAUGGCGUCCACCGACAGAGAGACUCUUCCUGACGUUGCCAAGCCUAUCAACUAUCAUGUUUCCCUCUUCGAUUUGCAGUUCAGUGGCUCGUGGGGCUACAAGGGUGUGGUGAAGGUCGACGCCAAAAUCACUCGUGCUACAAAGGAGGUCGUCCUGAACUCGAAGGAAAUCGAUGUGCAGAGUGCUGAGGUGCUAGGCAAGGAUGGAGCUUCAGUGGCCAAGACCACCGACAUCAGCUACGAUAAGAAGUCAGAGCGUGUGACUCUGAAGUUCGCCGAGGAACUAACUCCAUCGGAUGUUGUGCUGUCCAUCAACUUCACCGGAACCAUGAACAACGCCAUGGCUGGUUUCUACCGCUCCAAGUACAAGCCUGUCGGUGAGCCCGCUGCCGAUACUCCCAAGGAAGGAGAUUUCUACUAUAUGCUUAGCACUCAGUUCGAGUCCUGCGAUGCUCGCCGGGCCUUCCCUUGCUUCGACGAGCCGAACUUGAAGGCCACCUUCGACUUUGAGAUUGAAAUCCCCAAGGGCCAAACGGCGCUUAGCAACAUGCCUGUUAAGUCCGAGCGGGAAGGUAGCAACUCCGGCCUCAAAUUCGUCACCUUUGAGAAGACCCCCGUCAUGAGCACUUACCUCCUGGCGUGGGCCAUUGGUGACUUCGAAUAUGUCGAGGCGAUGACCGAGCGCAAGUACCAGGGAAAGAGCAUUCCCGUGCGUGUCUACACUACUCGUGGUCUUAAGGACCAGGCCCGCUUUGCACUUGAAUGUGCCCACCGGACCGUUGACUAUUUCUCGGAGAUCUUCGAGAUUGAAUACCCUCUGCCCAAGGCUGAUCUCUUGGCAGUGCACGAGUUUGCCAUGGGAGCCAUGGAGAACUGGGGUCUCGUGACCUACCGGACGACUGCCGUUCUUUUCGAUGAGGGCAAAUCGGACAACCGGUAUAAGAACCGUAUUGCCUAUGUCGUUGCGCACGAGUUGGCCCAUCAGUGGUUCGGCAACCUCGUCACCAUGGACUGGUGGAAUGAGCUUUGGCUCAACGAGGGCUUCGCCACUUGGGUUGGUUGGUUGGCUGUCGACCACUUCUAUCCUGACUGGAACAUCUGGUCUCAGUUCGUUGCUGAGGGUGUCCAACAAGCUUUCCACCUCGACUCGCUCCGUGCUUCUCACCCCAUUGAGGUCCCCGUCCGAAAUGCUCUCGAGGUGGACCAGAUCUUUGAUCACAUCAGUUACCUGAAGGGUAGCUCUGUUAUUCGCAUGCUUAGUGUCCACCUUGGCCGCGAGACCUUCCUUCGCGGUGUGGCUGACUACCUCAAGUCUCACGCAUAUGGCAACGCCACUACUAACGAUCUGUGGUCUGCUUUGAGCAAGGCUUCCGGUCAGGACGUGCACAAGUUCAUGGACCCCUGGAUUCGCAAGAUCGGGUUCCCCGUUGUGACCGUUGCCGAGGAGCCCGGUCAGGUCAGCGUCCGUCAAAGCCGAUUCCUGUCCACUGGUGAUGCCAAGCCUGAGGAGGAUGAGACCACUUGGUGGAUUCCUCUCGGUAUCAAGUCCGGCGAGAACCUGGCUACCGUGGACACCCGGGCUCUCACUCAGAAAUCUGACACCGUGGGAGACAUCGGCGCCGACGGCUUCUACAAGAUAAACAAGGAUCUGGCUGGAUUCUACCGCACCAACUACCCCCCUGCGCGUUUGGAAAAGCUGGGUCAGUCUCUUGAUCUCCUAAGCACCGAGGACAAGAUUGGUCUGCUUGGUGAUGCGACUGCCCUUGCUGUCUCUGGCGAUGGCAACACUCCCGCCUUGCUGUCUCUCCUCGAGGGUUUCAAGGGAGAGGAAAACUACCUGGUUUGGUCCCAGGUGUCUUCCUCCCUCGCCAACCUCCGCUCUGUCUUCUCGCAGAAUGAGCAGGUUGCCGAGGGCCUCAAGAAGUUCACUCGGAGCCUGGCUGCCCCAGCGGCUGAGCGCAUUGGCUGGGAGUUCCAGGCCAACGAGGACUAUCUUAUCAUCCAGCUUCGUAAGCUUUUGAUCGCCAUGGCGGGUAACGCUGGCCACGAAAACAUCGUCGCCGAGGCCAAGCGCCGAUUCGAUCUCUGGGCAACCGGUCAAGAUAAGACCGCCAUCCACACCAACCUGCGCGCCGCGAUCUUCAGCCUGAACGUGUCUGAGGGUGGUCGCAAGGAGUACGAUGCCGUGAAGGAGGAGUACCUGCGGACGGACUCUGUGGACGGCAAGGAGAUCUGCCUGGCCUCCAUGGGCCGCACCAAGGACGCGGCCCUGGUCACGGACUACCUGGACUUUGUCUUCUCGGACAAGGUGGCCAUUCAGGACCUCCACAGCGGUGCGGUGGCUCUGGCCGCCAACUCCAAGGUGCGCCACCUGCUGUGGGAGUACAUCAAGACGAACUGGGCUUCGGUCUCUGCUCGCCUUUCCUCGAACAACGUUGUGUUCGAGCGGUUCAUUCGUAUGGGUCUGUCCAAGUUCGCUGACCACGCGAUUGGCGAUGACAUUUCCGAGUUCUUCAAGGGCAAGGACACGGCCGCGUAUGACCGUGCCCUCGUCAUUGUCCAGGACAAUAUCCGGACGAACGCAUCCUACAAGGAGCGAGAUGAGGCUCUGGUUCUGGAGUGGCUGAAGGCCCACGGAUACGCGUAA